GGUGAAUAGAAAAACAUAUACCUAGGCCUAAAGAAAACCAAUGAACAGAGGACGAGAUCCGUAGUCUUACCAGUUGACGUGGCAUUGCUUAUUGCACUUCAAGAAAUCGGGGGUAGUGAAGAUCUCAUUCGAUUGGGGUUAUCCAACUCGACCUGCUCCAAGAUUGUCUUUCGAUUCCAGCUAUAUAGACAGGGGCACUGGAGGCCUAUCUAUAGUUGAUUCGUAGUUGUGCUGGCUAUUACGGCGAUUAGACUGCAGUGACGUCACCAAUAUUUUGUAAAUGAAAACAGUGAAAAUUUAACCGUCAGGAUUGUUUACAUCGUCUUGCAACCCGUCUCCAGCAUUCUGUGCGGAUUCCUAAAGUUAGCCGGUGCGUUUCAUAUAACGAAACGCCUUCGGCGUAAAAAUUGGUUUAAGGUUUAUUCAAGGAUUUUAGGUAUCCAAUGUAGAAGUUUUUGACGCUGAGAAGGAAAUAUUUCUCAAGCCUGCACGGAUUUUUGACCAAAGGUUUAGUUGCAGGAGUCAAAAAUGGUUAAAGGGUUUUAGGUGUCCAAGAUAAAAGUUUUCGAAGGAAUAUUUCUCAAGCCUGCACGGUUUGUCUUGAAGCAACUGUACCAGUAGGAAAAAUGGUUAAAGCUUAUUUGAGAUACGAGGCAGCAAGCGUUUUUGGGGUUGUGACGUCUCACGAAUCUAACAUCACCUUUGAUAAUAGCGGAAAACUAAUAUUAUGCGGUGCAUUGGAGCAGCUGAUUAUAUGGAAUGUCAAGAAGGGUGAAUGCGCAAAUAAGCUUAUGCAGACUUCUGCAAACACCGGGGCACAACCUGCUGUUACUUCUAUUGUCUGCAUGCCUUCUUCCAACUCUACGGUUGCCAGUGGAUAUGCUGAUGGCAGUAUAAGAAUAUGGGAUGCAGUUAAAGGUACUUGUGAAACUACUUUGAAUGGGCAUAAAGGAGCCAUUAGUGUGCUAUGCUAUAGCAAAACAGGUUACUUGCUUGCAUCGGGAAGCAAAGACACAGACAUUGUCAUAUGGGAUGCAGUUGGUGAAGCAGGACUUUUUCGUCUUCGUGGUCAUCGAGAUCAGGUGACAGAUCUGGUUUUUCUAGAAGGUGACAAAAGGCUUGUAAGUUCUUCCAAGGACAAUUUAAUGCGGGUUUGGGAUCUUGAUACUCAAUACUGCAUGCAAAUUAUUUCUGGUCAUCAUAGUGAAAUCUGGUCUAUAUGUGUGGAUCCUGAGGAGCGCUUCCUUGUCACUGGCUCAGCUGAUCAUGAACUACGUGUUUAUAAUAUCCAUCAAGAAAUGCAUAAAGAACAGAGUAUUGCCAAUGAACCUAAGGAUUCUAAUCUAGAGAAUGAUGAUAGUCACAUUCUGAAACAAAGUAAGUGGGAAGUCUUGACUUAUCUUGGAGGCAUUAAGAGGCAAAAUAAGGACAGGGUUGUAACAAUAAGAUUUAAUAGUACUGGGUCACUUCUUGCCUGCCAGAUAGCUGGGAAGGUGGUUGAAAUAUUCCGCGUUUUGAGUGAAAAAGAGGCAUUGAAGAAAGUAAAACGAAAAAGUCGUAGAAAGCGUGAAAAGGCUCUGAAGAAAGCUGGUACAGAAGUAGUUAACAAUGAAGGCAGUGAUCCUGUGGAGAAUGUAGAAAAUGAUUUUGGUGGCAAGUCUGCUUCUGAUGUUUUCCAGUUUGUUCAAAUUCUACGAGCAAAACAUAAAAUCCGUUCAAUUUCUUUUUGUCCCAUUCCACCAAAGAAAGGGAUUAAAGCUACCAUAGCAGUAUCUCUUCACAACAAUGCAUUGGAAGUUUAUGAGGUUGGUGAAGAGUCAUCAGUACAAAUACAUGCCAUUCAUCUUCCAGGGCAUGCAUCUGACAUAAGGAGUCUUACAUUGAGCUCUGACAACUCGUUACUUAUGUCAACUAGCCAUAAUUCAGUGAAAAUUUGGAACCCAAGCACUUGUUCCUGCCUGCGUACAAUGGAAGCAGGUUAUGGACUUUGUAGCUCUUUUGUCCCUGGGAAUCGGUAUGCAGUUGUUGGUACAAAAGCUGGAACAGUGGAAAUAUUUGACAUCGGAGCUGGUGAACGAUCCAAUGUUAUAGAAGCUCACUCAGGAUCUGUUUGGUCUCUUGUGCCAAUGGUAGAUGGGUCUGGGUUCAUAACUGGAAGUGCAGAUCAUGAUGUUAAAUUUUGGGAAUAUCAACUUGUGCAAGAAAGUGAUCAGGCCUCACAGUGGCUAACUGCACGGAAUGUAAGGACUUUGAAAAUGACAGAAGAUGUACUCAUGGUUAGGCUUAGUCCCACUGGCAAACACAUUGCUGUUGCUUUGUUAGACUCUACAAUCAAGGUGUUUUUUGUUGAUACUUUGAAGUUUUUCUUGUCUCUCUAUGGCCACAAAUUGCCUGUUCUUUGCAUGGAUAUUUCUUCAGAUGGUGAUCUGCUUGUCAGUGGUUCAGCAGACAAAAAUUUGAAGAUCUGGGGGCUUGAUUUUGGUGAUUGCCAUAAAUCUCUUUUUGCUCAUGCUGACAGUGUCAUGGCAGUUCAGUUUGUGCGCAACACACACUAUAUGUUCAGUGUAGGAAAAGAUCGACUAGUGAAGUAUUGGGAUGCAGAUAAGUUUGAAUUGCUAUUGACAUUGGAAGGGCAUCAUGCUGAAGUUUGGUGCCUUGUAGUUAGCAGUCAUGGUGACUUUAUUGUAACUGGUUCUCAUGAUCGUUCUGUUCGGCGGUGGGACCGUACUGAAGAACCUUUUUUCAUUGAGGAAGAGAGAGAAAAGAGGUUGGAGAACAUGUUUGAGUCAGGCUUGGAUGAUACUGUUGAUGGUCAGUUUGGACUAAGAGAAGACAUUCCAGAGGAAGGGGCUGUUGGGAUGGCAGGGAAAAGAACACAGGAGACAGUUACUGCAACAGAUUCUGUGAUUGAAGCAUUAGACACAUCAGAAGUUGAAACUGAGCGUCUUUGUCAGCAUGAGGAAGAAAUGAAGAAUGGAUUGACGACACAAUUUCAACCAAACAUAAUGAUGCGUGGUCUUUCUCCAUCUGCUUAUGUUCUACGAGCAGUCUCUGUUGUUCGGACUAAUGAUCUUGAACAAACCCUUUUGGCUUUACCCUUUACAGAUGCUUUGAAACUCUUCUCAUACAUGGAGGAAUGGAUAUCUGAUGGUGAUAAGGUUGAGCUUGUUUGUCGCAUUGCUACAUUGCUGCUUCAAAUACAUCAUCAGCAACUUGUUUCCACUCCUGCAGCUAGAUCUGUCUUGACCACUCUACAAGGAAUUCUUCGCAGCAGGGUGAAGGGCUGCAAAGAUGUACUAGGUUUCAAUCUUGCAGCAAUGGAUCACCUCAAGCAAUUAAUGGCAGCAAGGUCUGAUGCCCCCUUUAAGAAUGUGACGUCAAAGCUUAUGGAUAUUCGUGCUCGUCUUUCUAAAAAAAUAGAUGGGAAGAUAAAAUCAGAUGAUAAACCACACAAGAAGCAGAAAAGGUUUCAUAGGAUACAACUUGGAGCAUAAUUUCCCACAAGCAAGAGAGCGGAUUAACGACCAACUGGCAAAUGGACGUAUUUUUAAGCUUUGAGCGUAUUGGACUUUCAGUGAAAUAUUGUUACCAUAGUUGUGAAGAAAAGUGACCAAUUAAAUUAUGGUCAGCAAUGUAUCUCACAGCAUACUCUUGUGAGACGAUGCAUGUAAUUUGAUGGGUAAUGAAUUGCACUCUGCAAGCAAUUCACGUUAAUUCUAUAUUCAAUUGUAAACUAUGUUACCAGAAAUGCGACGGGAAUCCUCUAUUUCGUGUUUCAACGGCCGAAACACGUCUCUCGUCACAGACGGCCGUUGCCAAGCCCUAAUCACUGUGUGAAACAGUUACAAAAACAAAAAUCUUGCAAUUUUUUUAGAUAUUCCCUGCCUUUAAGGAAUCAAGUUUAUCCGUACA